AUGUCAGCAAGCCUCCCCAAGCCAGUGCCGUUUCGUAUGAAACCAAAGAAGAAAUUUUCAUCAAUGAAAGUCCGUAAAGCCUUUUUCUACAUACUUGCAUUACUUACCCUUGGUUUCAUCAUUUUCAGCAUCACAAAGGGUGACGACAAGAAAGAAACUGUGGAUUACCAAUUGGCAGCCCCUAAUGAGUUCAUUGGAAUCAAGAAAGGGAAGACUUCUGAUUAUGAUGCUACAGAACAAUAUGUUGAUGACAAUGGUGAAUAUGUGGAAGUUGAAGACGAAAAUGAGGAUAUGGCAAUUGGCAAAUCAAAGAAAGUUUACAACGCUAAGAACCCUCAUAUUGAAUUGAAACCAGGCAAAGGGGUAAAGUUAGACGAAUCCGCACAAGAAAUUGCUAAGAAGAAAAAGAAGAUAGCGGAUGCCUUGUACAAAGGAAAUAGUCGUGGUAGAGAAAAGGAAACUUGA